AGCUGCCUCCUUAUCAUGGUUGGACUUCUACUAGGUGGAAUUAUUUUUGGUGUCGAUGAGAAGUCUCCCCCUGCGAUGAAGACUGAUGUGUUUUUCCUGUAUCUCCUCCCACCCAUUGUGUUGGAUGCCGGCUAUUUCAUGCCCACGCGCCCGUUUUUUGAGAACAUUGGCACCAUUUUCUGGUAUGCGGUGGUAGGGACACUUUGGAAUUCCAUUGGCAUCGGGGUGUCUUUGUUUGGCAUCUGCCAGAUCGAAGCGUUCGGCCUCAGUGACAUCACUUUGCUCCAGAACCUGCUCUUCGGCAGCUUAAUCUCAGCCGUGGACCCAGUGGCUGUGCUGGCUGUCUUCGAGAACAUUCACGUCAAUGAACAGCUCUACAUCCUGGUCUUCGGAGAGUCCCUGCUGAAUGAUGCAGUCACAGUGGUCCUGUACAACUUGUUCAAGUCCUUUUGCCAGAUGAAAACCAUUGAGACCAUUGACGUGUUUGCAGGAAUUGCUAACUUCUUUGUUGUAGGAAUUGGUGGGGUGUUGAUUGGCAUCUUCCUGGGAUUUAUCGCGGCAUUUACUACUCGAUUCACACAUAAUAUCCGAGUGAUUGAGCCACUCUUUGUUUUCCUGUACAGUUAUUUGUCCUACAUAACAGCCGAAAUGUUUCACCUCUCAGGCAUCAUGGCAAUCACUGCUUGUGCAAUGACUAUGAAUAAGUAUGUGGAAGAAAACGUGUCUCAGAAAUCCUACACGACCAUCAAAUAUUUCAUGAAGAUGCUGAGCAGCGUCAGUGAGACCUUGAUCUUCAUCUUCAUGGGCGUCUCCACCGUGGGGAAGAACCACGAGUGGAACUGGGCUUUCGUCUGCUUCACCCUGGCCUUCUGCCUCAUCUGGCGAGCACUGGGUGUCUUUGUCCUGACUCAGGUCAUUAAUUGGUUCCGGACCAUCCCCCUGACUUUCAAGGAUCAGUUCAUCAUUGCCUAUGGAGGACUCCGAGGGGCCAUCUGUUUCGCGCUAGUGUUUCUCCUUCCUGCUGCCGUGUUUCCUCGGAAGAAGCUGUUCAUUACAGCUGCCAUUGUUGUCAUAUUCUUCACUGUCUUCAUUCUGGGAAUAACUAUUCGACCUCUGGUGGAGUUUCUUGAUGUUAAGCGGUCCAAUAAGAAACAGCAAGCUGUGAGUGAAGAAAUUCAUUGUCGGUUUUUUGAUCAUGUGAAGACUGGGAUUGAAGACGUUUGUGGACACUGGGGUCACAACUUUUGGAGAGACAAGUUUAAGAAGUUUGAUGAUAAAUACCUGCGGAAGCUUUUGAUUCGGGAAAACCAACCCAAGUCAAGCAUUGUGUCCUUAUACAAAAAGCUUGAAAUAAAACAUGCCAUUGAGAUGGCAGAGACUGGGAUGAUAAGUACCGUCCCUUCUUUUGCAUCUCUAAAUGAUUGUCGUGAAGAAAAAAUAAGGAAGCUCACACCUGGUGAAAUGGAUGAAAUUCGAGAAAUAUUAUCAAGGAACCUCUAUCAGAUCCGUCAGCGGACUUUGUCUUACAACAGACACAAUCUGACGGCCGACACCAGUGAGAGACAAGCCAAGGAGAUUCUGAUUCGGCGGCGGCACAGUUUGCGAGAAAGCAUUAGGAAAGACAACAGCUUGAAUCGAGAGCGCAGGGCUUCCACAUCAACCUCUCGAUAUUUAUCCUUACCUAAAAAUACAAAGCUUCCAGAAAAGCUACAGAAGAAAAAGACUAUUUCUAAUGCAGAUGGCAACAGCAGUGACUCCGAUGCUGAUGCUGGAACCACCGUGCUCAAUCUUCAGCCGCGCGCCAGGCGCUUUUUGCCCGAGCAGUUCUCCAAGAAAGCUCCCCAGUCCUAUAAGAUGGAGUGGAAGAAUGAGGUGGACGUUGUUUCUGGCACCCCCCCAGCACCCCACCGCAAAGACGGGGGCACCCAGACGCCAGGCAGACUACGGCAGCCCCUUCUCUCCGAAAGUCGGUUUGACCCAGGAAGGGAUGACAGUUUGACUGAAGGCGUCCCACCCAAGCCGCCACCGAGGCUGGUCCGGAGGGCAUCGGAACCUGGAAGCCGGAAAGCCCGAUUCGGGAGCGAGAAGCCUUAACUGAGACGGCCACAGCCUACCUGGGUGACUGACCCGGCACAGCUGGGGUCUGUCACCCUGAAACCUGACACAAUCCUGGAAUCUACUGAAAACUCUCUGUGCCUCUAAAUACUUUCCUUGGGUGGUGGAUUCAUGCCACUGAUGGGUGGGGUGAAUGCUUGUCCCAAGAAAAUGAAAAUCAAAGGAAAAAAGCCCCAGAAAAGGUCUUUUGUGACUUAUGACUAACAAUUGUAUUCUUUGCAGGCCUGAAGAAGAAAAAAAAAUGUGUGCCUUUAUUGAACUUGAAUGACGGAACUUGAAAUUUUUAACACAUCCUUGUUGGUGAAAAUUUUAAUAUAUUACCUAUAUGC